AUGACCUCCUGCGGCCUCCCCUUCUUCCUCGAGGACCAGACCGGCGAGCUCACCGGCACCGAGUUCGUCGACCUCUACAACCGCAUGCGCCUCAGCCUCCGCUGCACCCUCCGCGACGUGUCCCACACCGCGUACAUGAUCUACGACCUCUCCUCUCGCCCGAACGCCUUCAGCUCGCCACUCGCGUGCCUGGACUUCGGUGCGAAUAAUGCGCUGGGCACCGUCAAGAUUAAGAAUGGGGGGAACGUGAACAUGGGCCAGUACCUGGUCAAGGUUGGCAGCUCCAAGAGCAGGAAGUUCCGCGCGUCUGACGGGCAGGAGUACCGCUGGACACACCAAACCAAAGGCGACGAGGAGUGGACCUGCACCAACGCCAGCGACUACCACGUCGCGUCGUACUGCCUCAAGUCGCCCGACGAACCCAAGUUCGCCGGCUCCUCAGGCUGCGUCCUCACUGUCGAGGAAUCCUACUCGAAUAUCGUCGGCGAGCUCCUCGCCUCCUUGAUCAUCAUGCGACACAUCGCGAAGCACAAUGUCUGA